AUGACGGUCACGCUUGACCAUGGUUCGCUAGGCUGCGUCCUCCGAGGAGCACACGAUCCAACACGCGGCGUUGUCCAGUUUCGUGGCAUUCGCUAUGCUACGGUCCCGCGACGAUUUGCUGCCGCUCAGCGGCUGGACCAACCAAUAUCAUCGUCAUCCGAAACCCUGGACUGCACUGAAUUUGGUCCCAGAUGUCCUCAGGUGCAGAUAGAUGUUGGCCAUCUACUGCGCCUUCCGAGCAACCAUGUUCUACCGGUAGAGCCCGAGGACGAAUUUGCAUGCCUCAACCUCGAUGUGUGCGCACCGGAGGGAUGCCUGGCUCCUUUCCCCAGCAGCGAGCACACAAGGCUGCCUGUCUUGAUCUGGGUUCACGGUGGCUCCCAGGCUAUGACCUUUGGCAGCUCAGCCUCCAAAGUAUGCGACAUGACCAAGAUUGUCAGCGACUCCGCAAGGCUGGGAGCGCCCAUAAUCGCAGUGUCGGUGCAAUAUCGUCUUAACGUUUUCGCUCACGGUGAUGACAAGGCUUCCAAGAACCUCGCCCUUUCCGACCAGGACCUCGCAAUACAAUGGGUGCAUAAGCAUAUCGCGGGCUUUGGCGGCGAUCCCGAAAACAUCACCCUUGCCGGCGAGAGCGCAGGCGCGGUCCACUGCCACGCACAUCUCGUGACGGCACGCACCAGCGGCACAAGCAGCCUCAUCAAGCAGUGCAUGCUCCUCUCGGGCUCCCUCGCACUGUCGCCCCCGCAGCCGCGUGUCGUCAUCGACGCGCUUCGGGAUAAGGUCUCCGCAGAACUGCAAGAGCUAGACAGCAGCCUCAACCUGGACAAUGCGCCGGUAGAUAUCAUGGUCGAGGCGCUGCGCAAGUCGGGCAUUCAUUCCUGGUUCCUGGAGUCCGAAGAUCGUUUUGACCACUGGCAGGAAAGAGUGUUUUCCCAGCGGCUGCUGGUGAGCGAUGUCCAGUUCGAGUCCGUCCUCUGGCGCAAUGGGAUCUGGGCUGCGUCCACUGAGUCAAUAUUAGAAGCCUUUGACCUGUCCGAGACCCCGUACAGCCAUUUAGAGACCAAACUCAAGCAGGCAUACGGCAUCUCCAGCGACCGCCCGUCGGCGUGCAAGCUCGGCGCGCUCGACUUCAUCAACGACUGCAAGUUUCUCUUGCCUGCGGAGCGGCUCGCGGAACAACAGCAGCAGCAGCAGCAGAAAAAUGAUCCCCCCCGGGCGUUUCGCUGCAUCAUAGACGAGCUUAACCCUUGGCAACCGUCCCACGGCGCGCAUCAUGCUGUCGAUCUGGUGCUUUUAUUUGGCGGCUUCGAUGAGCAGAUGACGGCAUCGGGGGCAUUGAAGACUGGACGAGAGCUGCGGAAGCGGUUCAUCAGGUUCAUCAAUGGCAGCGAUCCGUGGAAUGGUGACGAAGUCGCUGCGUUUGGGCCGUACGGGAUGUAUCAGGAACUCGAUCGUGGAGGUGAGGAGUUGGGGAUGCGGAGAAGGAUGGAUCGUCUUGACGUCUUGCGCGAGUUCGGUGACGGGAAAGUUCUGGAUGAUGUAUUUCUUAGGCUUGCUAGAGGCAGGAUCAGUCUCUUGAAUUGA